AUGCCGCCUGAGUGUUAUUGUAAAAGCACCAUUUUGAGAAAAGAAGAAAGACCCCUGAGCCCGGAACGGACAAAAGAAGAAAGAUUCCGCGUUUCGACGUCCUCUUCCCUCUCUCACUUUCCCGCCUUCCUCCGGUUUCAUUUUCCCCCCCUCCCUUCCAACCUUCCCCUCUCUAUUUCUCUCUUCUUUUUAUUUUCUUGUUCCGCCCACAAUCCCUGUCCGUUGAUUCUCGUCCCCAAAACUCUAGCCCUUCACCAGAUCCGGCUGAGAGAUGCCGGCUCUUGGUCCCCUCUGCGAGCCACCUGGCCCUUCCGACGAUCUGCCCGUCAAGAACCAGCUCGUCCUCCCUCCUCCUCCUCCCCUUGCUCAGAUUAUUUGGAGAAUAAUUGCCUCUCCAAUGGCUUAGCUGCCGCUGAAACCCUAUCCCCAGUGUCAGGUGACAUCGGAAAGGAUUGCAAUGGCAAGAAUGAAUUGGUAGUGGGUGGCGAUGGUGCGCCGUGCGGUAACGGUAAGGCGUCCAGUGGCAGCAACGGGUGCGUAGAGAACGGAGGCGGUGCCGCGGGGGAUGGGCGGAGGGUGGUUCUUUCUAGGGCGGGAAGAAAUUCGUCAGGGAGGUCGUUGGAGGAGCACGUGAGGCUGUGGGUUAUGAAGAAGGUCGCGGCGGGAGCGUCCGAGGAAGGAUGCCACCUUCCUUUCCUGGUUCACUCGCCGCGGAUGGUUGAGUGCCGAAUAUGUGGCAAGCCUAUUGCUCCCGGGAUGGACAUACUCUGCUCUGUGCGUGAUUGUGGGCAGAAAUAUCACAUGACAUGUGCUAGAAAGAAAAUUGGAUUUUCUGCUGCAAAAGACUUCAAGUGUCCACAACAUUCCUGCUUCCUGUGCAAGCAAAAGGGGUACUGGCGUUGUUCGGUAUGUGCAGUGGCUGCUCACUCCAAAUGUUCUCCUUGGCCAGAAGCUAUAAGACUAUCAAAGAACAAACUGGGGAGGGCUAUUUGUUGGAGACAUCCUCCUGACUGGAGGUUGCAAAAGAAGGAAUGCUAUAUCUUAGGUGUACAGCUUGAAGAUCCCACAAGUGACAUUGAGGAAGUUUUUCACCGUUUACCAAUACCAUAUGUUGAGGAGGAUUUCAGGAUUGACGUGGCACAAAGUGGUACAUUAAAUAAUGAAUUGGGGCCUGCUCCUUAUGUACACAUCAAACGUAAUGUGUAUCUCAUCAAGAAGAAGCGUGACACUUCAGAUUUUGGCACUGGAUGCACUAGUUGUGAUGCUAACUCUUCAUGUGCUGAAGACUGUGAGUGCAGGGUCCAAUGUAUUAGUUGUUCUAGAAAAUGCCAUUGUGCAGAAAAAUGUAAGAAUCGACCUUUCCGAAAGGAGAAAAGGCUUAAGAUUGUUAAGACAAGAUUUUGCGGGUGGGGGGUGGAAUCUGCCGAGCCAAUUAAGAAGGGGGAAUUUUUGGUAGAGUAUAUUGGUGAAGUUAUCGAUGAUGCCUUAUGUGAAGCAAGGCUUUGGGAUAUUAAAUACAGAGGAGACGAGAAUUUUUACAUGUGUGAAAUACGUAAGGAUUUCAUAAUUGAUGCUACCUUCAAAGGCAACACCUCUCGUUUCCUGAAUCACAGCUGUGAUCCUAAUUGCAAGUUAGAGAAAUGGCAAGUUGACGGGGAAACACGUGUAGGUGUGUUUGCUUCUAGGGAUAUUGAAGUUGGUGAACCACUAACAUAUGACUAUAGGUUUGUACACUUCGGACAUUAUAUCAAAUGCUCCUGUGGCGCUUCAAACUGUCAAGGCUCUCUGGGAAGUAAAAAAAAGAGUGAUAGGGUUGAUGUGGUCAGUGAUUGGGGAUUCAAGAAGAGAAGAACUUCCGUACACUAUCGGUCAUGAUAUGCAUUUAUGGCAUUCCUUGAUUGAGAUGCCCCCUUUCUUAUGUGUUCUAGUUGUUGGAAGCCAUUCAGGUCCUCUUCAACCUGCCAUGCCCUUUCUGCAUGUGCGGGAUAAAGGACAUCCCCUGAUGAAGCAAAUUGUUGUAGUUUCAAUUGCCUCCAAUUUGUUGUACGAGUGGCAUCGAUUUCUUGUAUGAAUUAAAGGGAAAUUUCCCUUGAUAUUGUGCAUAUGAUGAGUGCGAAAAUGUUUGCCAACAUAAUUAUUUAGAGUCCAUGGAAGUGAUAGUUUUGAGUUGUGCUACA